GCCAUGCUGAAUGCAGUGCUGCUAAGCUGUGCCCUGCUGCUGACGUUGCCCACCAUACAGGGGGCCCAAAUGGGCUUGGCCCCCAUGGAGGGCAUCAGAAGGACUGACCAGGCCCUGUUUCCAGAGCUCCCAGGCCUGGGCCUGCAGACCCAGCUGAAGAAGACAACUACAGAACAAGCAGAAGAGGCUCUGCUGCAGGAAGCUGAGGCCCUGGCAGAGGUGCUAGACCCACAGGACCGCGAGCCCCGCUCCCCGCGUCGUUGCGUAAGGCUGAACGAGUCCUGCCUGGGACAGCAGGUACCGUGCUGCGACCCGUGCGCCACGUGCUACUGCCGCUUCUUCAAUGCCUUCUGCUACUGCCGCAAGCUGGGUACAGCUAUGAACCCGUGCAGCCGCACCUAGUUGGCCGACGUUGGGGUCGGGGCAGGGGGAUGUGAAUAAAGGAUGGGACCAA